AUGGAUUCCGGCUCCCGUAAGAUCUAUCAUGUUCACGGAUUUGAUUCCAGACAAUAUCUGGAGCAUUACCUGUCAGAUAAACCCGAUAUGGCCUUUGGAGACGAUACCUUAAAAUUCCCCAUUGAAAAUCUUACAAACAUCUUCACAAGAGGUCACAUUAAAGGAGAUGUCCUGAUUGACCUCAGCACUGGUUCCUUUGUCCAUCAUCUCUAUGCCGCCUGUGAGUUUUUCCAACAUAUCAUAGUCCUGAAGGCCAGUGAUGGAUGUAUCAUGGAGCUGAAAAGAUGGCUGGACUCACGUACAGGAGCAUUCGAUUGGAGUCAUGUCACAAAACUUCAUGUAGAGAUACAAGGGAACAGUGACCAAUUUCAGGACAAAGAAGAAAAAGUGAGAUCAGCAAUUCCCCAUGUUGUGAAAUGUGACCUUGAGAAGGAAAAUAUGACGGAUCCGAUAGUCUUACCACCAGCAGAUUGUAUUAUCAGCGCUGUGCUCCUAGAUGUUGUCUGCAAAGACCAAGAUGACUAUAGGAGAUAUCUCAGGAAGUUCUCAGGGUUGCUGAAACCUGGAGGACACAUGAUAUUAAUUGGGGGUUUUGGUACAACAUAUUACACAGUAGGGAAAGAAAAGUUCCAAGCUCUCACAUAUGAUGAAGAUUUUGUCAGAAAAGCUCUAGUUGGAGAAGGAUUUGUUCUUGAUUCAUUUGUAACUAAGAAGAGAACGGCUGUGAGUGACCUUACUGACUAUAAGGAUUUGAUAUUUGUGGCAGCUCACAAGGAGAAGGUCUGA